ACUAACAUGUCAUCGAUAUGUCGUCGAUUUUUCUCCAUCCCUAGUAGUCCAAUCAUCAGCCGGUCCGGUCGUAAAAUAAUAAAAACAUUGUGUCUGCAUUCCGUGAACUGUUGCAUAAAAUUCUUAUUGUAAAUUGUUACCUGAUACAACCACACAAUGCUAAGAACCGCCAGCAGUGCGGGCAAGCAGAUCAUCCGUCUCUCCAGACGCUGCAGCACCGCCACCUCUUCCCCCAAUGCCAAUGCCAAUACCGAUAGUAAACCAAAGCCUCCAUUGCGCCCUCGACCAACACCGCUAACAGAUGAGAUUAUACGUGUGGAUCAUGCUGGCGAAUUGGGCGCCGAUCGCAUAUAUGCGGGACAAAUGGCAAUUUUGGGCAACGGCCCCAUGGGCAAAACAAUUGAGCAUAUGUGGGAGCAGGAGAAGGAGCAUCGCAAGCAAUUCGAGCAUCUAAUACAACACCAUCGAGUGCGUCCCACAGUCAUGGCGCCCAUUUGGAAUGUGGCGGCAUUUGCCCUGGGCGCGGGCACAGCGCUGAUGGGUGAGAAGGCCGCCAUGGCCUGCACCGUGGCUGUAGAAACAGUGAUCGUUGAACACUACAACGAUCAGUUGCGACAGAUUAUGGAAUCCCCGAACCCAGAUAAGGAGCUGCUGGAGACGAUCACAAAGUUUCGCGACGAGGAGCAAGAGCAUCACGACACCGGCAUUGAUUGUGGCGCUGAGCAGGCGCCGUUCUAUAAUGCCUUGACCGAGGUCAUUAAAUUUGGCUGCAAGACGGCCAUAGCUAUAUCCAAAAAGAUCUAAAUGUGAACGUUUAACCAUGUGUGCUAUUAAAUAUAGAGAAAUAGAGCGUAAUAUAUAA